CUGCGCCGAGCGACGCAAAGGUAGCGAUGACGUCACGCGGUGAUCACCAGCUGAAAGUUUCCUAUGCGGUUUAAGUGAUUAUUAUUAGAGCUUUAACGAACCUUAACCUGUCAGCCGACGGAGGAUCACGUUACGGAUCUGGCGUGUUCGGGUGCAGAUUUUCAAGCACCUGUGGAGUCUGCCCGGGGACACGUGUUGUCCCUGAACUUCUUCUGCAAGAUGUCCAGUCAUUUCCGCAGUUACAUCUGGGAUCCGGUCCUCAUCGUCUCUCAGAUUAUCCUAAUGCAGUGCAUCUACUACAGCUUCUUGGGUCUGUGGUUGGCUGGUGUUGAUGGUUUGGUGCAGACCAGUAGAUCACUUGACCAGAUAUUCAAUUAUGAGGUGCUUGGCUUUUCAACAACACACGGUCGCCUCUCAAUGAUGGCGUUUAUAUUGAACUCUCUCACGUGUGCUCUUGGCUUGUGGUUUUUCAUCAGACGGGGAAAGCAGUGUCUGGACUUUACCAUCACGGUGCAUUUCUUUCACAUGAUUGGCUGCUGGAUCUAUAACGCCCACCUUCCAGCCGCUCUGUCUUGGUGGUUGGUCAACAUGGCCUGCAUGGCACUUAUGGCCGUCAUCGGCGAGUACUUGUGCAUGCGGACAGAGCUCAGAGCCAUUCCAGUAAACACAGCACCCAAAUCGAACCUAUGAGAACUGUAUAGAGACAGAUUUGGCACGGGUGAUGCUGGAGCCUCGGGCUGGACAGGCUGUGGACUAAUGCUGCUUUGGUUUUUGCAGUUUCGAGAUGGAAUGAUAAUUGGCCCUGGGGGAACAGAAAUGAAUUUUUACAGUGAUGUAAUGGUCAUGUCACUGUAUUCAAUCGUAAUCAUGUGUUUUAGACUAAUUGCGGCCAUUGCGUCAUACGUACGAAAAGGACUUGGAUUUUCAAGCUUUAAUGCUUGCCGAUAAUAAUGAUCUACUGGGACUUCCUUCAUCCAGCAUUAUUCUGUAAUAUAUCGUAAUUGCUCUUGUUUAGGACCAACUCUUACUGUUAUUCACAGAUGGUUACUGAAAUGACAGAGAUGGUCUGUUUUAAAUGUGCCGAAAUCUCCCAAGACUAAUGUUAAUAAUAAAAUAAAAUACAGUCGCAUACUGAAUAAUUUAAUGGUUACAGUCAAAUUUCUCAAUAUCACUUAGACAAAUGAGGUUUCCAUUUACCAAAGAAGACACAGUUGGUGUUUCGUUUACCUUAAAGGUUAAAGUCAACAAAAACUAAAUAUCCAAACAAGGUAUGCAACAUUUCUAAAAUCUUAGAAUCUUAAUUUAAUCGUGGAUAAUGUCAAUAAAAUAUUCACAUACACACACACUCACAAAAAGAUUUUAUAAAGAAGCAUUUCCCUAAAGAUUUUUCAAGUCAAGCUUUUCCAUCACUAAAUAUGCUUUAGCACUCAUGUAAAUGUGUCAUUUUGUGGAAGUAAGAUAAGAGAGGAUAAGUUGUAGUGGGAUACUGUGACUAGUAUCCCAUUAUAAAUUGUUAGAAGAUUAAAUUCAUAAAGCUCAAAGCUCUUCUUAGCUUUUAAAGGUAAAAUGUAUUUGCUUAUACAAUAUUUGGUUUCCUGCCUGCGAUGUAAAGUUACUGCAAUUUCUGGGUCAUUUUAUAUUCAGGAUCUCAGCUCAGUAUCAAACGUGUGAACUUUGUUUGCUCUGUAAGUUACGUAUUUCCUGUACUUCCUGUGCGUAAAACACCUUCAGCUUUUAGGAUGCUGACUGUGAUAACUUUAUAUUCAUUAAAGGAUUCAUGAACGUAAACGAUUUGAUAAUCAGGAAGUGUUUGCACAUUUUUACACUCCCUUGAGAAAUUGUACAACGUGUUGCAACUUUCAGCAACUGGUUCUGAUUGCUUUGGCAGAGCUUUCAAUGGCAAAAAAAACAGACAAAACUGAAUAAAAUUAUGCUGCUUUAAUUCUUAAAAACUGCAAAAUCUUCAAUGCAUGAAAACGGUUCCUGGAUGUUGUUUUGUUUCUCAAAUUCUGGUCAUAAAACUGUUUGCUUUAAAAAGGAUAAUGUUUUUCAAUUGUUUUGCAAAAGCUCUGUUUUGUAAUAUUUGGAAAAUUGCUACAAAUUGGUGGAUAAUAUAAA